CUGUGGAGAGCAGUGAUGGCGAGCAGUAAGAAGAGCGCCUUGCUGUCCUCUUUAGCGGCUUAUGGAGACGAUUCAGAGCCGGAGUCCGAGCCCGAGUCCGAGGAGCAAGAGGCUCAUGGUGGACUGGUGUCGGCCAGUUACGGGGAUGAUGAUAUCGGCCGCGUGGAGGAUGGAGACGAGAAGGACUCUGGGAACGAGGACAGCGAUGAAAACGACAGAAAUUCGGAAGAGGACGAUUCUGAUUCAGGGGGACCCCAAGAUGAUUCGCAGGAUAUCGUGACGGGAGAGAUGAAGGAUCCUAACGAGCUGGUUGCCCAGUUUUCAGAGAAAGUAAGGAACAUGUCUCCUGAAGAGAUACGGAUCCCACCAGAACCGCCUGGGCGCUGCUCCAGCCAUCUACAGGAAAAGAUCUAUAAACUUUACGAGCGGAAGCUUCAAGGGGACUUCGACACAAACAGCCACAUACAGAAGAAGAAAGAGUUCCGCAAUCCGAGCAUUUAUGAAAAACUGAUCCAGUACUGUGGAAUCGAUGAGCUCGGCACCAACUACCCUAAAGACAUGUUUGACCCCCACGGUUGGGCUGAGGAUUCAUAUUAUGAAGCAUUAGCCAAAGCUCAGAAGGUAGAGAUGGAAAAACUGGAAAAAGCUAAAAAGGAGAGGACCAAGAUUGAAUUUGUAACAGGAACAAAGAAAGGCAACACAACGAACACGGCCACCGUGACCACCAACACAGCCACCGCCACGUCUACAGCCGAGGCUCAGAAAAGGAAGAGUAAGUGGGACUCUGCGGUUCCGGUGACUCUGGCUCAGCCUGCGCUUCUCACCACCACAGCUACUCUCCCCGGGGUGGUCUCAGUCACCACCACGGCCAGCGGCACCAAGACCACGGUCAUCUCCGCCGUGGGCACCAUCCUGAAAAAGGCCAAGCAGUGACGCACUUGGAGCUCACCUGAGCUUCACGGGAGCUUCUUACAGAUUCAGGACUUCUUUUUAUUUCCAUGAACUGCUGUCCGGCGUUCAGAGACUGAUUCCGUUUUCCUGGACGAGUUUCAAGAACUUCAGAUUUCAAACACAGAAGCUACGGCCCUCCUCGUCCUCCAAACGCCAUCUGUCUGAAAUUUUAUACAGCUUAGGUAGUUUAAUUAACGCCAUUUGUUGUCUUUCUGCACGGAUUUUGUUCAGUUUGAGCCCAUUUUAAGUGUAUUUAUGUUGCUCAGAAACAGCUUUAGGAAGCAAAACAACACAAAGGUUGGUUUAAAUUCUUAUUACAGAAUGUCGAACCAGCGCAGUGAGGAUUUCUUUUAGCAGGUAUUUUUGUGCCCUCAGACCUUCUUUGUUUACCCUUCAGAGGUGAUUAUUCAUGUGUACAUAUUGAGACAAGCUGAAUCAAUGGCUUUUUCACAGCUGCUCAUGCUAGAAAUAAAUGUUUUGCAUUGUUGUA